AUGAACGAGAAUGAUUCAGAACAGACAGUUCAUGACAGAAUAAACCUCGCCAGGCUGGUUCGAAGGCUAGAGAAGACGGUUGCUAGUGAGGAUUGGACCGACGACCGUCACGGUCUACCUCCCACAUGGAUAAAGACUCGCGGCACAUUGCAGAAAUUGAGACAUGCGCGCAAGCUGCUCAAGAACGCGGAGCUAAACGAGGAUUUGGACAAUGCCGCUAUGUUUCAACGGUAUGAGGAGAUGCGACGCACUUUGGACCGUCUCGAGAAUACGGUCUUGGAAGUGGACAAGCGCGUCUCACUUAAAGCGAUACGUCCGGAGGCCAUCUUACCAUCAUUACCCAUUCCAUCGGCACCUACAGAUGUACCUCAACUAAGCUUGGAGCCGAUGCAGUCGCAGUGCUCGCCAGGUCUAUCAAGCGAACUUGCAGUACCUCUCUCUGCGCAAGAUCUGCUGUUGUCCCCAUCCGACGAGCCUGUACUACAUCAUCCCCUAGUUGAAUCGUCAGGGACCAUCCUCCCACCGUCUUUCGCACCUACUCCCACUCCAGCGAAAGCUACCACAAGCACGUCCAAUCUUACACCGACCCCUGCAUUCCUUCAGAAUUCCGCCGCGGUGCACGAGGAACUCUCCGCACAGCUCGCACAGAUGGCGACACAGCUUAAGCGAAACGCGCUGCACUUCUCCGGCUCACUCGAGGCGGACAAGGCCGUCGUGCUUGCCGCGCAGGAGAAGAUUGAGCGCAAUCACGAAGUCAUGACCAGAGAACGCGGGCGUUUGAAGGCAGUGGGAGGCAAGACCUGGAGCACGACGUGGAUCGUGAUCUCCAGUCUGGUGGUGGUGCUCAUUGCGUUUGUAUUGACGUUCCUCGUGAUCAGGAUCACCUAG